AUGAAGCUGGUGUGGUGCCCCGACACGGCCUCCAAGGCCUACAUCGACGGCGUCCGUGCGAUGGCCAACGACUCCGCCGACGGCUCGCUCGAGCUCGUCGCCGCCAUGGCCGGCGGCUGGAACGCCCAGCUCAUCGUCGACGCCCCGUACGUGGACGCGGACGCCUCGCCGUCGCCGUCUAGCAGCCGCUGCCGCCCGCCCGCCACCAGCCUCGCGCUCACCGCCGCCGUGCGCCGCACGGGCGGCCGCUACGCCCUCCUCGACGUCGACAUCGAGGCCGAGUCCGCGAUGGCGCGGCUGGAGGGCGUGGACCUCCUCGUGCUGGACGCGGCGGCCGUGCUGAGGGCGGCGAGGCCGGGGCCCAGGGGCAUGGUCGUGGUGCACCACGGCGACACCAGCAUCGGCGGCGUCCGGCGUCGCGCCGCCGUGGGGGACGAUGGCGGCCGGGACCAGGGUCGUGCGCGCGGCCUACCUCCCCAUCGGCGCCGGCGGCGUCGAGGUGCUGCACGUCGGGGUCGGCAAGGGGCCCAGCCUGCCGACGACCACGCAGCAGCUGCACGGCCACAGAAGGAGGCACCCCGCCGGAGGCCGUGGGCGGUGGAUCCGCCACGUUAA